CAUGUUGCAUUACUUACUUCUGACCACUGAACUGUGCAUUACAUACUACUGACCCCUGCAUUCUUCAUUUGUCCUAAACGAGGGGCGGACUGACAACUCAUGGGGCCGCCAGGAAAUAGGGGAUCAUGGGGCCCCUGUGUCCUUGCCCAAACUAAAAAAAGCCUAUGAAAGAAAGGUACCAGGGGCAUCUCAUGGGGCCCCCUACUAACCCCGGGCCCUCGGGCAGUGCCCAAGUUUCCAAAUGGUCAGUCCGCCCCUGGUUUAAAGCA